AGAAGCUCUGAGAGACAGACUGCCAUCGCACCUCCAUCUCCCAUAUCCAACCUCACUCACCGAUUCACGCCGCCCACCAUGCCUAGCGAAGUCUCAGAUAUCAAGCAGUUCAUCGAGAUCUGCCGGCGGAAGGAUGCUUCAUCUGCCCGUAUCAAGCGCAACCGCAAGACUUCCCAGAUCAAGUUCAAGGUCCGGUGCCAACGAUUCCUCUACACCCUCGUCCUAAAGGAUUCCGACAAGGCAGACAAGCUCAAGCAGAGUCUACCGCCCUCUCUCAAAAUCGCGGAUGUCUCCAAGGGAAGCAAGAAGUCCACCUAGACGGAUGGUUUUUGGGGUUUAAUGAAACGGGAGGGGGGUGGUGUUUGGGGAGGGUGUCUAAAUAAAAAUAAUAUUUAACCAAAAAAAAAAAAA